AACCCAGUGGAGGGUUGGUUCAAGGAGCCUCGAGCUGGAGAGUAGUAAACGGUUUUCUACUUCCCGCGGGUCUGGAGGAUAAAGCCUAGCCCAAGAAAUCCGGAAGAUCUGUAUUCGAAUUCCACCUCAGACACUUUUAUUAACUAGGCAUCCCUGGAUUGCCCAGGAAUCUCUUGUCCCCUAGGACUUGCCGACUCAGCCCUUCCCAUCUCUUAACCCUGUACCUUUGCCCUGGGAAUGGCCCUAUCUUUAACUAGUGAGCUGGGGCCUCAGGAGGUGUACACUGAGGAGAGCCUCUGGUGCAACGCUGCCCACGUGGCUGGCUACUACCCUCCUCUCCUGCCCCACGGCCAGUAUGGGGAUAACUUGGCCAGUUCUUCCCCGGGCAGCUCUCCCCCGGGUAGUUCCCCGGGUUUUUUUCAUCCUCUCAAGUCUUUGGGGAGGCCAUUGCUAAACUCUACUACGCUGCCUCACUUCGGUUUCAACGGGAUGCCCACUUUUCUGAACAACGGUCCGGCCCUGCCUAGAGAACCUUUCUAUAACUUGCCCCCAGGCUCUUUGCCCUUCUUUGGCAAUGUGUCCCCAGAGGACAACCGUCCUUUCCCCAAGGAGGGGUUGCUUCCCGUGGACAGCAGCAUCGUUGGCUCUGGCAGCGGCUGCGGCAGCGGCAGCAACGGCAACAGCAACAAAGAUUGUUCGGACAGUGGCCACGGCCUCAGCCUCAUCCUUCCUCUGGCCGAGACCUCGGUCCCCUGGCCAACCAAGCUCUUGUCACCCAAGAUCUCUCCGCAGUGGUUUAGUGGCCCUGCGCCCAGCCGGUUCUUUUCCUACUCCCCUCGAAAGAAGCGCUAUAUAGAUUCCGGCCCCAGCUCUCAGAGAACAGAGCUGGAGAACCCCCGGCAGUACGACUUCACCGAGGACGACUUGCGCCUAGUCUUGUACGGGGCUAUCCGCUCCCAGCAGCUGCCGGCUAGACUGCACUGCGCUAUCUCCGGGCUCCGGGUACCUCCAGACAGUUCAGGGGCAGAAUCAGUGAUUCAAUCUCUGGAUAAAGACUCCCUGAAGUUACCUGAAGGUCUGUGCAUACUGAAGACCAUGUGUGGUGACAUCCCUCAGUUCGGUGUAUUCUGCAGCAGCCUGGUUCCUAAGGGGAUUAGGUUUGGGCCCUUUCUGGGUAAAGUGGUCAACGCCAGUGAGAUCAAGACCUACGGAGACAAUUCCCUGAUGUGGGAGAUCUUUGAAGAUGGUCAUUUGAGUCACUUCAUAGAUGGAAAAGGAGCCAGUGGGAAUUGGAUGUCUUUAGUCAACUGUGCCCGUUUCCCGGAGGAACAGAACCUGUCCGCGGUCCAGUGUCAAGGCCAAAUAUUUUAUGAGAGCUGCAAAGAAAUCCUGCCCAACCAGGAGCUGCUGGUGUGGUACGGAGACUGCUACCAACAGUUCCUGGGUAUCCCUGUGAGUUUGAAAGUCCUGGACAAAGGGAAGCAGCCACUGGAGCCCCCCGAAGAAUCAGGAGAAAGUCACAAGUGUGAAAGGUGUGGCAAAGUAUUCGCCUACAAAUAUUACAGAGACAAACACCUCAAAUACACUCGCUGUGUGGACCAAGGAGACCGGAAAUUCCCCUGCAACCUCUGCAGUCGAUCCUUUGAGAAGCGGGACCGCCUUCGCAUCCACAUCCUACACGUCCAUGAAAAGCACAGACCUCACAAGUGCUCCAUGUGUGGAAAGAGCUUCUCACAGUCCUCCAGCCUCAAUAAGCACAUGAGGGUCCACUCCGGAGAAAGGCCUUACAAGUGUGUCUACUGUAACAAGGCUUUCACUGCCUCCAGCAUUCUUCGAACUCACAUCAGGCAGCACUCUGGAGAGAAACCCUUCAAGUGCAAGUACUGUGGCAAAGCUUUUGCCUCCCAUGCUGCCCACGACAGCCACGUCCGUCGCUCCCACAACAAGGAAGGUGGAGGCUGUUCCUGUGGGAUCUGUGGAAAAAUUUUCUCUGAGCAAGAGAAAUUCCGCUGCCACAUGAAGUUUCAUGGUGUCCUCUAGAACCUGGAGAGGGGCAUCAGCUUCUUCUAGCCCAUGAACUCAGUUUCCCUUCUGUGCUGGUUCCCACAAUUUCUUCAGUGAUUUAUCUGGGGUUGUCAAAGGUCUAGAAAUGCAGUAGGGUGGGAGUACCAGGGGGUGGGGGGCUGCUUGUUUUUAGCAUGGACCUACUAUGCCGUACUUGCAUAGCAGAGGCAUAGAGUUAUUUAUAUUGUCAUUAACAAAGGCACUCGAGGUGUCAAAUCAUCUUUUGAAGAUGUUUAUAUUGUAAUCAGCAAAGUAAGGAGGCCUUUUCUAAAAUAUUUGCUUUUGGACCCCCAAAAUGAAAUUGCCCAGCUGUCUUAUUUUCCUGUUCUACUUAGAAGGAAGUCUGUUCAAACUCAGAAUUUGCAAAUUCACUUAGGAUCGAAUAUGGAAUUAACAACUAGUAUAACUAGUUCUGUAAUCGAUAUCUAUCAUUCCAAAGUGAGCUUAAGGCCCCAUGCUCAUUAGAAUUCAUUUAGUGGUUGUGCUUAGGUGUUUUUCACAAGUGCAAGUAGAUUAUUCCUAAUUUAUUUGGAGAAAGAGAGCCGAAUGAAGAAAAUUUAUCUGUCUAGCACACAUCCAUCAACCAUUUGAGGGAAAAAUGAUGACAGAAUAAAGAAAGCCCAAAAGAUGAUACUCAAGCUUCUUACUCAGUUCUGCUUUUAAAACAAAUUCACUCGUGAUGAAUAAUAGAUAAGUGAGUAUCUCCUAUUCUGCCGAGCUUCUGGUUCAUCCUAGGGCACAGAACUAUGGGAAAAGCAUUUAUAGCUGAAAGAAAGCACUUUGAAACAAAAAAGAAUGGAAGGACAUGCUAGAAGAGUCACUUAGUCUUGGAGGGCCAUAGCAAACUCUCUUUACCAUAUUAAACUGAAAUGGGGAGGUCCACCUUGGGAAAAGGAUGCUUUACUGCAUAUACCCCACCAGAUCUACACUUCUUCAAAGAUAAAGAAUGCUGGACAACUGCAAGGUAUCGGGUAGCUUAAAACACUAAUGAGUGUUUUAAAUUUUGUCUACAUUUUUACCUGUGACUUGGGUGAGGGUUUUAGGCGAUGGUAGAUUUCAAAUGCACUGACACAAAGCUGGGAGGGAUUGUUAUUAUUUUGACUUGGGGAUUCCAGAAGAAGAGGAGAUGUAAUAAGGACACACACAUGGGUUAAAAGAAGACUGAAUUCCACAAGGACUUAUUGAAUAGCCUGUGUUGCUAUGGUGCUUUAAGAUUACCAAGCUUUUCAUAAGAGCAAAACAAAUGCCAGUUUAUUUCUGUUUUGAGAAUCCAUGAUUGGUGUGGUUCCUCCCUCCACUGACAGGUGCUAACCCUUGUCCUAAACUCAGUUUCUGUGGUUCGAAAGAAUUCAUUAUUUGGAGGCUGGCAUUCUGACAGAGCCUUUCCCUAUUGAGCUAGGCUAGACCAUUAACCUUCCAAACAUUUUCAUGCUUUGGAGAAGCCAAGGGACACAUAAUCUCUCCUACUAUUCUCUAAGUUGGUUGGAUGGUAUCUGCAGAAUUGUGUACAUACAGUUUCUUAGGUCAUCUUUUAGGAAAAGACAGGAAAGAGCACAUUCAGAUAAAGAAGAGGGGAUAGAGGGAUGGUAUGGGUGGGGGAAUGAUUUAAAAUCAUGCCAAUUAAAAAAUUGGUUGAAAAAUUUUGAUAUUUAAUUAUCCUAAAGAAGAGAUCACUUUGGGAUUGGCAGUACUCUUUCAUUCAAAUAUAUGAAGAAAGGUCUUUAGUUUUUACUCCAAAAGAACAAUUCAUGGAAACCCCAAAGAACAUUUCAAAUCAGUGUGAGGAAAAUCUUCCUAAUUGAACUUUCUGAAAAGUGUAAUGGGCUGUUUCAUCAAGUAGCAAAUUCCCUGUCACUGAUGGAUGACCGUUUAUUUUCAGAGAUGUUACAAUGAGGAUUCUCAUAUUGGACUAGAUGGUCUCUGAGGUACUUUCCAGCUUGGAAAUUCAAUGACAAAAAAUUUCCUUCCUUAAUUCUCAGAGAAGCAUGAAUAGCUGGUCACUGACAAUAGGCAUCACAUAUAAAUACACUUAAACCACAUUUUCCAACUGGUACUUCUUGCCUUUCCUAUACAGUUAGGAGGACACUCUACCAGGUGCAAAUAUUGAGGCAAAUUAAGGUACUAUCUACAUUAGAAGGCUCCCUUCAGAAAAUCUGUAGACUUUUUAUAUUUGUGGGGGGGGGGGAACGUGAUUUCAUUUACAUGUUUCACCUCUAUUUGUGUAGCCCCCAACCUAGUCAAGUUUUCUGUUAUAAUAAAUUUGGUCUCGUGUUCAUUCUGUAUGUGUCUACUUUUUAGAUUAAUUUGUUUCUUGAUUGCAGCUGCAGAUUAUUGUAGACUUUGGUUUUCUCAAACCUUUUACCUUUUGUUUUAUUGGAUUGUUGAAUCCAUUCACAUUUAAGUUAUGACUCUUAGUCUUGGGUUUUCCUUCAUUUAGUUUUGUAUUGAUUGUUAUUCCUCCUUUCUCCUUUGCCACUCCGUUGUCUCUGUGAUUAGUUGUCUUCUUUAUAAUUAGUUGCCUUCUGUGUAAUUUCCUUCCGUGUUCUCCCCCACAGAUAAUCUUCCUUAUUCUACUCUUGUAUCCUUCAUACAACCAGAAAAAUAAUUUGCUAUGGAAAUUUAAAGAGGUUUGAGAGAAGAAGAGCUUGAUGGAAAAACAAAUAAUUCUGAAUUCUCUUUGUCCUCAGGUAUAUUAAUCUGGUCACGCCUCCCACAAAUUUUCUUACUGAUGAUCCCUCUGAGAGCAUUCCCUUCUUUCCACCUUUUUCCUAGGAUAGAGACAUUUGGCCCCCUUGUCCUUGGGGACAAUUCCUGCUGUGUUGUAUAGAUGCUAAUUCCAGAGGAAAAUCCCUUAUUGCUGUCAAAUCCUCUUGAGAAAUAUCUGUAAUGCAGGUGGAAAUGCAUUGACAGGUUUUACUUUAGAUAAUGCCUUUUCUCUCUUCCCUGUUGUUUUCCCCCUCCCCCCUUCCCUCAGUCAGCCUCUAUCAUUUGUCCUAAUGAGGAUGUACCCUGUGGUUUUAGGACUCCUUUUGGUUUGCAGUUCAUUAAGGCAUGUUGAUUAUGAUGUUUUGUUAAUAUUUGAAUUUAUUACCAACAUUGUUUGUGUGCCUAUUUGUAAACUAUACACCACACAUUUUUAUUAUGGAUUUCUGGUUUUAAAAACUGCUUUUAAAUCCAACAGAGGCUAGAUAUCAGAGUAAUCAGGCAAUGAUGUCUCUUUCUUCACUGACUGAAUAAUUUAUGCAGAGAAUCAGUUGGUAGUCUUGGGCCCAGAAUAUAGCCAAGGAGUUUUCUGGUAUUAAAAUAACAAACUCAAUGCUAGUUUUGGAACAGCAAAUAAUAUAAUUGUUGUCGGCUAUUAACCUAAAAUGUCUGCAGAAUUUUAUGUGGUAUUCCAAAUAGCAUGCUUUGGCAACCAUUUUAAUAGAUGAGCAAUUCCUAAUAGGUGACUAAAAUCUGGAAAACCUCAUGCUCUGGGCCACUCAAAAAGCCUCUAAAUGACAGAAGUUACAUUACCGGGACAGGUGUUUCAGUACCAUGAAUUCCUGAUAAAAUUGUGUCAACCAAAAAUAUGUCAAUUACAUGUUUAUUAAUUUAUGCAUAGUUUAUUUUGGUACUUCAGGUACUAUAUUCGAUAAGUGUAGAAUGUAACCUUCCUCAGUAUGCUAAAGCACUUUUAUGUUUCUUUUUCAGUUAUUGCAUUAGCACAGAGUGGGAAAUUGAGAAAUUAAAUGAAUGGGUCUGGCAAAGAUCAUCAAGUUAGCUACUAGGAAGCAUCCAAUUAGAAGGCAGAUCUCUUCACUACUAAAUAGACCAGAGAUCUUCAUUUUUUUAAACAUGGAUCUGCAUUGUCUUCAGAUGGAUGAUGAAGUGGAUCCAGAAUUGAGCAAAUAGGAUUGAUUGGGGCUGCAUGACCUUUUUCCAUAUUCGUCAUUUUUGUAAUCAUCCUUUAAAAACCAAACCCCCACAUCCAAUGCCCAUAUAAACAAGUGAAGAAUCAAAUGUUUUCUUUCUGUGUUUCUUGCAUGACCUUUUUCAAUGAUUGAAACUGUUCUCUGAUAUAGAAGGCCAUCCCUGAAGUCAAGGUUCUUCUAGUAGAUUAUUGUAUGGCUUUGAAUUCUGGAUCACCUGGACUGCAGGGGAAUUAAAAAAGGACACCGAAUCCACAUGAGAAUGGGACAAUGCAUGAUAGCCAUAGCACGCAGCCUGCUCCAGCAGGUUCCCGGAGUGUUGGAAGUUAUGUUAUAAAUGUCUGACGUGUCCUUAUAGAUAAAUGUAGGGAGAAAGAGGGCAGGGAGGGAGCUGAGUGCAUCUGUGAUUUCAUCAGGGCAGGAAACACAUGCCAGGGUAGUUCAGCUCCAUCUCUGCAGCUUACAAAUGACUUGCUUUGGGUCAGACAGCGGAAUGUGUGAGAGGAGGGACUUGAAGUCAGGAUUUUCUGGUUCUGAGGCCAGUUCUCUAUCCACUGUGCCUCUCAUUCAGAUCAAAGGAGGUAGACUAGUCAGCAGGAGGCUAGGGAGAGGGACAGCUCCAGUUCUACCCUGAUAAACUCCUGCAAAUACUAGUAAUAUUGUUACUUGCUCUCUAUCCCAAAGAGAUCAAAGAAAGAGGAAGAUAACCCAUACAGACAAAAUUGUAUCGACUCUUUAAAUGGCAACAAAGAAUUGGAAACUGAGGAAGUAUUCAUUUACUGGGGAAUGGCUGGACAAGUCAUGGUAUAUGAAUGUGAUGGAAUACUAUUGUGUUAUAAGAUAAAGGGGAUGAUUGUUUGAGGAGAACCUGGGAAGACUUAUAUGAAGUGAUACAAAGUGAAAUGAGCCAGAACCAGGAAAACCAUUUAUACAGUAAUAGCAAUAUUGUAAAGAUCAUUGAACUUUCAAAAACUUAGGAACUGUAAUUGAAGCAAUGGUCACACACUUUGGUCAGGAGAGUAUCCG